AUGCGAGCUCUCGACCCCACUUGCAACAGCUCAAUCAAAUCGGAGCUGGGCUACAGCGAGUGGUCUUUGAACAGGUUGGCAAGCCUUUGGCCACGAAAGAAGGAAACCCCUGGAAACGAAACGCUCCAAUCAAACUCCUAUCACGAGUACAUGUUGCACUGUGACGUUUCGGCCGCAUUUGAACAAUACCAGUCCAUUAGCAGUGAAGUCCACGUUCCGAAACCCUUUAAGUUUAUCUCCUGGGAAGAGAACGACGCGUUCUAG